AUGAAUACCUCUAGCUGGAGACGUCUCAACGUCGCUGUUAUUGGUGGCGGCAUCGGUGGUAUGUCUGUGGCGAUCGCCCUGCGCCGUGCAGGCCACAGAGUUACGAUCUACGAGAGGUCAGAUUUUGCCGGUGAAGUGGGUGCUUCUGUAUCGUGUGCUGCUAAUGGAACACGAUGGCUUCAUGAAUGGGGAGUUGAUGUUGCAAAGGGAGACCCCGUUGUAUUAAAGAAGUUGAUCAACCGAGAUUGGAAAACUGGUGAACCCGUGAGCGUGUAUGAUUUGAGCGAUUACGAAAAGCGCUGGGGAUAUGUGUACAACAUGUUUCAUCGUCAGUAUAUGCAUGCUAUGUUGAAGGAUUCGGCGUUGUUGGAAGAGGGUGAAGGCAUUCCUGCUAAGCUCAUCCUGAACCACAAGUGCCAUGAAAUCGAUUUACAAACCAACACCAUCACCUUCGAAAACGGAACCACAGCCCAACACGAUCUCAUCAUCGGCGCCGAUGGAAUCGGAUCAGCAGUGCGAGGCAUUCUAGGAAUCCGCCCCGAAAAACGUCCCUCCGAUUCCAGCUGCCUACACGCCAACGUCGACGCCGAUAAAGCAGCCGAACUAGGCCUUACAAACUACUCAGCCGAUAGCGCACUGGAAUACUGGGGCGGCCAGGAAGGGAAAUGGGACAAGAUCGUGCUUUCACCUUGCAACGGCGGAAAGCUCUUAUCAUAUUACUGUUUCUUCGCCCGAGAGCAGGGAGACUACUCUGCACAAGCCUGGGGCGCAGAAGGUCGUCCGGUGGAGGACUUGCUUAAGCCUUACCCCGAACUAGAUCGGCAGGUGUUAAACCAUCUUGCUAUUGGAAAGGAGAUUCAGCCCUGGAGACUCUGGGUUCAUGAUCCGUACCCGUAUAUUCACAAGGGUAAAAUUUGUCUCUUGGGAGAUGCGGGACACCCUAUGAUGCCACAUCAGAGUCAGGGUGCUUGUAUGGCUAUUGAAGAUGCGGCGGCGCUGGGAAUACUAUUCAACAAGAAAUAUUUCAAUGGUGAUGUUGCACAGUCUCUGGCUGUUUAUGAAGCUAUCCGUUUACCUCGUGUGACUCGUGUGCAAGCAGCCGCUGCAAAGGCAGCGUAUAAUAUCAACGAGAGAAUUGGGUUUUCUGUCAACAAGGACACUCCAACUUAUAAGGUGGAGGAUCCUAAGAAGGUGCUUACUAUUGAAGAAAUGAAUGCAUACGACAUGUAUAAGGACGUCGAGGAGAAACUUGCAGCCGUACGCGGUAACAUAUUUGAAGGCAAGUUCAUCUGUGGACUUCCAGUUGGACUAGAGUUGCCCAGUGGUGUCACGAUUGGAGCAUGCUAG